AUGUCCAACCUCAAAGGCGGCGUCAAGAAGGACACCAAGAUGAGGAUAAGAGCCUUUCCUAUGACAAUGGAUGAGAAGUAUGUGAACAACAUCUGGGACCUCCUGAAGAAUGCCAUCCAGGAGAUCCAGAGGAAGAACAACAGUGGGCUGAGCUUUGAGGAGCUCUAUAGGAACGCCUACACCAUGGUGCUGCACAAGCACGGUGAAAAGCUCUACACAGGCCUGCGUGAGGUUGUCACAGAGCACCUCAUCAACAAAGUACGGGAAGAUGUCCUCAACUCGUUAAACAAUAACUUCCUGCAGACAUUGAAUCAAGCGUGGAACGAUCACCAGACAGCCAUGGUCAUGAUCAGAGACAUCCUCAUGUACAUGGACCGGGUGUACGUGCAGCAGAACAACGUGGAGAACGUCUACAACCUGGGCCUCAUCAUCUUCAGGGACCAGGUGGUGCGCUACGGCUGCAUCCGGGACCACCUCCGCCAGACCCUGCUGGACAUGAUCGCACGGGAGAGAAAAGGAGAGGUGGUGGACCGGGGAGCCAUCAGAAACGCCUGUCAGAUGCUGAUGAUUCUGGGCUUGGAGGGCCGGUCUGUGUACGAGGAGGACUUUGAGGGCCCCUUCUUAGAAAUGUCAGCAGAAUUCUUCCAGAUGGAGAGCCAGAAGUUCCUAGCGGAGAACAGUGCUAGUGUGUAUAUAAAGAAGGUGGAGGCCAGAAUCAAUGAGGAGAUCGAACGGGUGUUGCACUGCCUGGACAAGUCCACAGAGGAGCCCAUCGUCAAGGUGGUGGAGCGGGAGCUCAUCUCCAAACACAUGAAGACCAUUGUGGAGAUGGAGAACUCUGGCCUGGUCCACAUGCUGAAGAAUGGCAAGACUGAAGACCUGGGCUGCAUGUACAAACUGUUCAGCCGUGUGCCUAAUGGCCUGAAGACCAUGUGUGAGUGUAUGAGCUCCUACCUCAGGGAGCAAGGCAAGGCUCUGGUGUCAGAGGAGGGAGAGGGCAAGAACCCCGUUGACUACAUCCAGGGCCUUUUGGACCUGAAGACGCGGUUUGACCGUUUCCUCUUGGAGUCGUUCAACAAUGACCGGCUCUUCAAACAGACCAUCGCCGGGGACUUUGAGUACUUCCUCAACCUCAACUCACGUUCCCCCGAGUACCUGUCUCUCUUCAUCGAUGACAAGCUAAAGAAGGGGGUCAAAGGGCUGACGGAGCAGGAGGUGGAGUCCAUCCUGGACAAGGCCAUGGUGCUGUUCCGGUUCAUGCAGGAGAAGGAUGUGUUUGAGAGGUACUACAAACAGCACCUGGCCCGGAGGUUGCUCACCAACAAGAGUGUCUCGGACGAUUCAGAGAAGAACAUGAUCUCUAAGCUUAAGACGGAGUGUGGCUGUCAGUUCACCUCUAAACUGGAAGGGAUGUUCAGAGACAUGAGCAUCUCCAACACCACCAUGGAUGAGUUUAGACAACACUUACAGUCCACGGGGGUCUCUCUAGGGGGUGUUGAUCUCACAGUAAGAGUACUCACCACGGGUUACUGGCCCACACAGUCGGCCACGCCCAAAUGCACCAUUCCCCCCUCCCCCAGACACGCCUUUGAGGUAUUUAGAAGGUUCUACUUGGCCAAACACAGUGGCAGACAGUUGACACUCCAGCACCACAUGGGUUCAGCUGACCUCAACGCCACCUUUCACGGGCCCAUCAAGAAGGAGGACGGUUCUGAGGUCGUAGUGGGAGGAGCCCAAGUGACAGGCUCUAAUACCAGAAAACACAUACUGCAGGUGUCAACCUUCCAGAUGACAAUCCUUAUGCUCUUCAACAACAGAGAAAAGUCCACGUUUGAAGAGAUCCAGCAGGAGACAGACAUCCCGGAGCGGGAGCUGGUCCGAGCGUUGCAGUCCCUGGCCUGUGGGAAGCCCACCCAGCGUGUCCUCACCAAGGAGCCCAAGUCCAAGGAGAUUGAGAACGGCCAUGUGUUUACAGUCAAUGAUCAGUUUACCUCCAAACUGCACCGGGUCAAAAUACAGACAGUUGCUGCUAAACAGGGGGAGUCGGACCCUGAGAGGAAGGAGACGCGGCAGAAGGUGGAUGAUGACAGGAAGCACGAAAUCGAAGCAGCCAUCGUCCGGAUUAUGAAGUCCAGGAAGAAGAUGCAGCACAACGUCCUGGUAGCAGAGGUUACCCAGCAGCUGCGGGCCCGGUUCCUGCCCAGCCCUGUGGUUAUUAAGAAGCGCAUUGAAGGACUAAUAGAGAGAGAAUACUUGGCACGGACGCCAGAGGACCGCAAAGUCUACACCUACGUUGCAUAAGAGGAGCAGAGCAUUGUGGAGGAGGAAAGAUGGAUGGAGGGGUGUUUGGACUGUUGUUUGCAUGGACUGGGAUGUUUCUUUUAAAAGAUAAACGCUGGGAAGCUAACUCAUCCACAAAAAUGAAAAAUAAAAACCAGACGUGAAUGGCAAAAUUACCACAAAAUCAAAAUCCGUGUUGUAGAUGAUUUGAAGUCAGGCCCCCACUACUCUCAUUCCCUGUGAGAAUUUCAAAAUGGAUGGAUUCCAGCUUCGAGCUUUUCACCGUUUUACCCUUGUAGAGAUCUACUUAAAGAAUCCCUUGGGAAAGAUGUGAAUGCACCACACGUUUUUUUUUUUUUUCAAUACUGUAUAAAAUUUAGAAAAUGAAUUAUUAAAAA